AUGGUUCCAAACACAGCCUACUCCAUUGAAGAACUACCAUACGAUGUGCUGGGAGAUAUUAUCUCUCGAGUUGCACGGAGGUCACGCAAAGACGUCAGAAAUGUUAUGCAAGCAUCACCACAACUAGCUAAAGCAGCAAAAGAUCACCGUGUUUACAAGAAUAUCAACCUACGGCCACUAGCAAUGAAUCCCCUAGCAGCACUCAAGAAAUACCAAGACCUCAUGGAAAAAACAAUUGCAAAUGGAAAUGUCGAGGCACACUACAUCAAAGGGAUCCAGGAGUAUUUCCAGAAAAACAACAUAGAAGAAGGGUUGGCACAUUUGAAAAAGGCAGCAGAAGGUACUUACGAGAACGCUGUAUACCUUUACGGAAUUGUACAGUUGUGCAGGGGAGACAUAGCAGAAGGCAAAUUAUGGCUUGACAAGCUAGGCUGGAAAGAAAACAUGGCAAAGGGUGAUCAAUGCUGGAAAGAUAUCAAGAAAUUAUUACACAGAGUCAAUGUCCGAAAACUCGACUGCUACAACAAUACAUUGGGAGAAGUCCGUCCUACUGUCAACUGCUCCCUCAAUGAUAUGGAGAAUAAAUGCGAACAAUGCUACUACUUGAAACAAAUGAUCAAGUUUGUCUUUUUCUUUUAG